AUGGCUCCCAAGGGCACGUCUGCCAGUGGCCAGCAGAAUAAAUCGAAAGCCAAAGAUGCCUCAGUCGUCAAGGACAAGGACAAGAACAAGGACAUCAAAGAAGCAAACCUCCAUCAGAUCGACGCCCAACUCGGUAUCUUGGGCAUUGUGCUGGUGUUGUUCUGCGGCACGGUGUCCAGCUAUCUGUGCACCUACCUUCCAGCGGCUCUAACAACCGGCGAUCUUGCCCGACAUCCAACAGCCUUUAUCGCAGAACGAGCCUGGGAGAACCUGCAGGUGUUGAACGACUUUGGUCCCAAACCAACCGGUUCACCCGCUAACGAACUCAAGGCUGCCGGGUACAUCCGGCGGGAGCUUGAGAAGAUCCAAUCCACGACUCAUCCAGCUCAGCUAGUCGAGACUGACCAUCAAACCGUAUCGGGAGCGUACUCGAUCGCAUUCCUUGACCAUCCGCUGACGAGCGCGUAUCGGAACAUUCAGAACCUCGUGGUACGAUUAGCCGGUCUUCCGGAUGAUGACGCGACGUUACUCCUCAACUGUCACUAUGACACGGUCGCCAGUAGUCCGGGUGCGAGUGAUGAUGGUGGUAGUUGCGCGGUUAUGCUCGAGAUCCUGCGUGUCCUGUCACGAGCGCCAACUCGCAUGCGCCACUCGAUCGUGUUUCUGUUCAACGGUGCUGAGGAAACUCCUCUGCAGGCUGCUCACGGGUUUGUGACAGGUCACCGGUGGGCUAGUGAAGUGCGUGCCUUUCUAAACCUCGAAUCAGCCGGCUCAGGUGGUAAGGAGCAGCUGUUCCAAGCUGGUCCACAGCAUCCGUGGUUAGUUGAGGCGUAUGGACGUGCCGUACGGCAUCCUGCCGCACAAGUGCUCUCUGAGGAGAUCUUCCGUUCGGGGCUUGUACCAUCCGACACGGAUUUUCGGAUCUUUCGUGACUUUGGCCACGUACCCGGUAUGGACUUUGCGCACACAAUCAACGGUUACCGGUAUCACACGCGUUUCGACACGAUCGACUACCUUACGCUGCCGGUGUUGCAACGUACCGGAGAUAACAUCCUGGCAUUAACCCGCGAACUAGCCGAUGGUGACGAGUUGGGUCGAGUGACACGUGAUGCCACUCUAGCCGAGGGUCAGAGUGUGUACUUCGACGUGUUGGGUGUGCUGUUCAUUCAUUAUGGCGCCGGUAUGGGUCGGCUAGUGAAUGGAAUCGUCGCUCUUACAGCCGUAGUGUGGCCGCUUCAUGAACUGUGUCGAUCGGUGCGUAACGUUGGUGAGCGUAAUGUCCUGCGGCAGGCUGCCAUUGGACUCCUGGCAACCGUUGGUGGAACAGUGUCCAGUCUGCUUGCCGUACUGACCAUUGCGAAUCGCCUUGAUGCGGCAGGACGUGCAAUGUCCUGGUUUUCUGCACCACAUCUCAUUCUCGGGCUGUACGGGUGUCCUGUGUUGUUAGCGCACUGCUUCCUGCAUCGGAUCUGUCAUCGUUGGUUCGAUGAUCGGAAAACACCACUUGAUCUCACGCAAACGGUGCGUGCGAGACUCGUCGGCGUGAACCUGUUCUGGGCGCUUCUGAUCGCGGCUCUCACACUAGCUGACGUACGAAGCGCGUACAUCCCGACGAUAGUACUACUCCUAUCACUGGCCUCCACCAUGCUGACGUCGGUUUUGGGUUACCAACAUCGACCACGCUACUGGCUCGCUGUACAUCUGGCCUUCCAGGCUGCAGUGUUGCUGUGGGCGACUAACUUUUACCACCUUCUGCUGAAGCUGUUCGUACCUGUCACAGGACGAAUGGGAGCCGCCAUCAACCCGGAGUACCUCGUGGCAGUGCUAGUGGCAUUUGGUGGACUUCUGUGCGUCAGUUAUCUGGCACCACUGGUUGGGCUGUUGCGAGAGGCUUCCGAGCUCACCGCACGGUUGACGGUGUUUGCGUUACUCGCGUUUCUGUUGGCGUGUUGUACGCAGGUUGGCUUUCCGUACCGUGCCGAAACUGAUGGGGCACCUUCCGUACAACGGCAUUACGUGACGCACACACUGCAGGUGACACCUGGUGGGGAAAGUUCGGGAUUCUUGCUACGUGAGAUGGACCGAAAUGCGCUGCGUGUGAUCCGUGGUGUGGCCAAGCCGGCUGAGGUGACACCUAUGCGUCAGAUGGACACCUGCGAGACGAUGCUGUUUUGUGGCGUUCCAUUUUACUCCAUUUGGCAUCAGAUCCGUUUCGAUAACUAUUGGCUCGAAGGACCCGCUCCGGAGCUGGAGAAGGACACUCUGCCGACAUUUGAGCUGGUCAGGGUAACGCAGCGAUCUGACACCGCUCGUCAGUACGAUUUUGUCGUACAGCAUCGCCAUCAAAUGUGCGUCCAGUCGGCAUUAAUCAUUGCUCCCCGGCCAGGAGUACGGCUGACAGGCUGGAGCCUUAUGGACACCGUACCGGACACGAUCGAGUUUAACGGGCAGAGAGCCCAUUUUGUGCUGAUCACGUACGGGUUGGCCGAGCCUGACCCUUGGGAAGUGACGUUCGAUUUUGAGUACGAGCCCAAGCUGCUGCCGAACGGCGAUGAUAAGCUGUUCGAUGUCAACUGGGUAAGCACGUACUGGGAAUACGCCGAUGGACAUACGGAUGAAUUCCGUAAACUCAUAGCGCAGUUCCCGGAUUGGGCCCACGUGAUACCGUCGGUGGCCGUUGUGAACGCUACAGCUUAUUAA